GUUCUUACCUGUCAACGACGAGUUUCCUGGGGGAUUGAUGGACACUGGUCAACAAUUCCCGAGUCUCGAAACUCCUUCUGAUUGGCAAACAUCGUAGUCUGCAUUAUGAGAUGGCGACAUGAACCCAAUCUGUCAGAUCACCGUCGUUCACACCAUGGAGAUCAAUAAGGGAAGGAAUGGGAUUACGCAGGAUGCCUUGCCUUUACGGCAGUGUUGUGAGGGAUGACACUGACAAGCACUGUUUCACAGCCGGGAGUCGCCCUUGGUUCAACUGUUUUCCCAUGGCUUCUCUACCCAGCAGGUAGCCCAAAGACAGAGAAGAGAGCAUGGAUCACUACUCCACGGCCGCAUUAGACACGGAAAGUUCAAUAUGGGCACUGCCCUUGUCUGUCAAACAGUCAGUUCAACUUGUCAGCGGCUCGGUAAGACUCUCCAUGAGCAUAGUGGGCUGGGGACGGAGAUAAGUGCCCGACUGACGGAGGUGGCCGUCCCAUCGCACGGAGACGGUCCUUCAGCCCCCACCCGGUGGCCGGAGACAAGAAUAAUUCACACUACGGCCUCGCCUGUGUUUUCAAUUGAUUGGAUUUCACCCCCAUUUAUGUUCUACACAAACCAGUCCAUCAGAGACGAAAUAAUAGCCAAGGACAUAUGCCGUGAACAAUGGCCAAGCUUUCCAUUGCCAUGCGGACACCGCACCGCCCCAGGGUGGUGGAUUAGCCGGAGGCAUAGCGCAAACGUCCCAAGUCACAGGUCACAACCCCGAAAUAGUGUGCAUCGCAGAGACUGUGACCGGGGUAUGGCGUCUUUCUUUCCCAAGUUUUCCCUCCGUCUUUCUCUCCCGUCUCUCCCCCUCCUCCCAAGUUCCCUCCCCCAUCCACCCUAUUUCUGUCCUUCUGCCGUGUGCUCGUCCCUGGGGAUGACCCGGGGUGUGGCACCGUUAAUCCUUUGGGGGCGACUCGUCUGAAAAGUCUUGGCUCUGUCUCCAAGUGCGGAGAGUUCUCAACCAAAUUUGGUCACGGUCAUGGUCCCGGCCAAGAGGAUUGCGGGUGGUACCCGGUUGUGUUCCGUCUGUCUGUCUGUCUGUCUGUCUGUCUGUCUGUCUGUCUGU